AUGGCUGACCAGGAGGAGGACAAGGAGGAGAGAGCAGAGCACCCAAGGCAUACUGGAGAGCUUUCUGCUUCUUCGACAUUACCAUCUAUGCUAAUGAAUGACAUACCAAACUCAUCAUCCACACUGAUCGAAGAAUCUAUGCGACUUUUGGGAUUGAAAUCAUCAGUACCACCAACGUUAUCUGCAGAAGUAUUGGAUCCAGAUCCACCUCUCGGACCUCGAAAUGGAUUAUCGUCAAACUACGGUCAAAUGGGGAUUCCAAAAGCACCACCAAGAUUUCCUAGAAUUGACUUCGAUGAUAGGUUGGAUGAUCUCAACGACGAUAAGAAACAACCAUGGAAAAAGUGGCAAGAAAGCGUAAAAAAAUCUUAUCAUAAGGCCAAAAGAUCCGUUGAAAUGACUAGGGAUGAAACACAGUUCCUUGAAUCUAUUCUAUCUCGAUCGAGAAAAAGCAGAGCUGAUAGCCCGUUCAGGCGUCUCGGCACGAGAAGCGGUUUUAUUCCCAGCGUUAGGUCACAAGAUAGUCUUUCGAUGCCUUCGUUAGCUGAUCGGUCCCUCUUCGUUUCGUCUUCGAUGAGUCGUGUUUUUGCAGGAGGAUCGGGGCCAUACGCUGCACCAGCAGUCUCAUCUUCUCAAGGAAGCGAAUCGCAGUAUGAGAAGAGAGCGAGAGAUGUUGAAGCUAUGUUGUUGAAAACCUCACCUCUUGCUCCCAAACUAAUUACCGCGAAAGAGUUCCGCAACGCUCUUGUUCCUGCAGCCGGAACAGCAUCAGAUCGGGACGACUAUGAUUUCUCCAGAUAUUGUCCAAAACCCUACUAUUCGCGGCCGAAUCGCGAUGAUCCCGACUAUUUUGACUUCGAUCUCCAGCAUUCCGUAGAUUUGUUCAAGCGUCCAGAAGGAAAAUACACACCAAGGGGACCACAAGAAUGGGAACAGAAGUUGCUACAUGAAGUGAACGCAAAAGGAUCAGUUCCAGUAUCUGGAUACAUGUUCACGAAGGGGGAUCCAGAUUGGCGUACUAGUGGAUCGUCAUAUUUGAGUGCAGCCCUACGCACACCAAAGUUCUGGGAGCAAAGAUUUGAAAACAUGGGAAAGCAAGUGAGAGACAGUAAUCCGAUAAGUAUUGACAGUAUCAACAGAAAUCGGCCAGUAGCAAGUCGAUUUACAGAAUAUGUUGAUCCAGACUUUGAAGACUAUGAGGAUCCAAGACUCGAUGAUUAG